AUGUUUUAUUUGAGUAACAACACCGUGUCUGAGUUCAUCAUUGUCGGAUUCCCAACUUUGUACCAUCAUGGUACACUUCUGUUUGUGUGCCUUUUUAUUGUUUACCUUCUUACCAUUGCUGGUAAUGUGACGAUAUGCGUUCUAGUGAAGGUGGACUCACACCUUCAUUCUCCGAUGUAUAUAUUUAUUAGUUCUCUAUCCUUGCUAGAGAUCUUUUAUACAGCAGUCACCAUUCCGAAGAUGUUGGCCAAUCUCCUAGUUGAAAACAAAACUAUAUCUGUAAGAAGCUGUGUCUUUCAGACAUAUUGCUUUCAUGCUCUUGGAUCUUGCGAGAACUGCCUUCUUACUGCCAUGGCCUACGAUCGGUAUUUGGCCAUCUGUCACCCACUUCAUUAUUCCUCCAUCAUGACUUCCACCAUGACCAUUAAGUUAGCAGGUUCCUGUUUCACUCUUGGCUUUCUGUUUCCCCUCACUGAGAUUAUUAUGAUUUCUAAACUGUCGUUUUGUAACAGCAAAAUGGAACAUAUCUUUUGUGACAUCCCGCCAUUGAUCAGCAUGGCUUGUGGUGACACCUCCAUCAACAUCCUUGUUGAUUUUAUAACAAAUUGUUUCAGUAUAGUUGUCACCUUUUCUUUGGUAAUGACUUCAUAUUUGAGGAUCAUUGUGGCUGUUAUGAAAAUAAAGACAUCUGCUGGACGAAUGAAGGCUUUCUCUACUUGUGUGUCUCAUCUGACUGUGGUAUUGAUGUUCUUUACCUGUAUUUUAUUUAUGUACAUUCGGCUUACCAAGAGCUAUUCUUUGUACUUUGACCGUGCUGUUUCAGUCCUCUAUUCAGUGGUCACCCCAAUUUUGAACCCUAUAAUAUACAGCUUUCGGAACAAAGAGAUCAGACUUGCUGUUAAAAGCAGAAUGGGUCGAAAAGGGAAUGUGCAGUUCCGGUUCCAAUAA